AUGAGUGUUCGAAAGGGAGUGAUCGGUGGUUACGAUUAUAAAAGUCACACCUUGUCACCUGAAAAUGCAUCAGUUGUGUGGCGUACGUCUUCAUCUAAUACCUCCAAACAUCAUGGCAGUAACAUCGUUGCUUCGUUCGGUAAACAUUUGCUGCUAAAAAGAGAAAGUACUUACUCUAAUUCGUUCCCUUUUCUUUCUGACUUUUUGAAGUUUUUCCUGCUGGCAGUGACUUUUUCGUUGUCCAACAUAACGGAGGCAGGACUAGCGGCAGGACCUUACCUAGCCGCACCACUAGCAAUUCCAGUAGCAGCCACCUACACCGUUCCUUCUCAGGGUGUUCUCAGAACAGCAUACAGUCAGCUAGUUGGACGUAGCUAUGCACCUUCCUUCGUUCCGGUGGCUUCUUCCCUAGCAUAUGCAGCAACCUCUCCUCUACUUGCUCCCGUCGUAAAAUCUGUCCCAACGGUUUAUGCCGCACCUCCACAGCUUGUUGCUGGACCAGUGCUGAAAACGGUUCGUCCUUAUGCAGUGGAAACUCCUCUUACCUAUGCAGCUCCCGCGGUUGCUGCCGUUGCACCAGUUGUCCGCACUGCUGCUGCAGUUCCUGCUCCUGUCUUCUCUCCAUCCGUCCUUUCAACGCGUCUUGCUCCACUGCCAGCCGUCGGUGUAGCUCCAGCACUCAACCCAGCACUGGCUUCAACCCCAGCAGCUUCACUGCCAGGAGUGAUCGAUGCUCGCACUGCUAAUCCAACUCCUUCAGGAACACCUGCCACGAUACAAAGAGCCUUCGUGACGGCAUUUGGAUCACAGGAAGGCAUUCGACUCGUUGGAGCGGGAGGUUCUGCCUUCGAAGGUGCGCCAACAAACGUUGAGAUAGCACGUGCUGCUCCCGGUGGACAGGACGAUGCGGCACAGCAAGGACGAUCGGCCAGUCCCGCUCCUGCUACACCGGAAAAUUUCGGCGUCCAACAGCAGACUCCUUUCAACGAGUAUGGCCUGCCGGUUCCGGCUGGUGCACCUGCUACUCCUUAAAACACUUCCUAACCAUUUAGUUCAGAAUUGGAUACAUUAAUACCUGAAAUAGCUAGAAUAAAUUCAAUGCAUUUAUUUUCAAAUAUUGUGCCGUUUUGUUUUGUAUUUAGUUU